AUGGCAGAAUUGUUGGAGGAGAGUAAGAUUGGCUUGUGGACAGAAGGCAACUAUGGACAUGUCACUUGGGCAAGCAAAGUGUCAUGGCUAGCCUUAGGGAUGGGAGAUACAGCUGGGCAUCUGAUUGAAUAUGUGGUCAAAGGUAUACCGAACCUGUUGAAGGACUACCUCAAGUGCAAGUAUGAGGAUUGGGAUGAAUUCACAAAUGAUGUACAGAGUAUACCAAGUGUUAAACUCAAGAGAGGCUGUAAAGAGCUAGAUAAGGAGCACACAAGGGAUGCAGAUAUUGCAAGGCUCAAAGCCCAAAGCACUCAAUGGCUCAGCACACUGACUUAUUGA